CAGUCUAAAUAAAGAAAAAGAGAAAACAAAUGUGUCUCCAGCUUCCCUCUUUCGCGUCGCCGCUCUCUCGGUCUCACCUGUCCUGUCUCUCCCCUUCUCAUUUCUCCAUCGCCGAAACCAGCUAGGGCUCAGAUAAAAGAAGCUACUACUUCUACAGCUUCUCUUCAGUUUUCUCCAUAGAAAAAAUUUACUUCAUCUUUCCAUUUCUAUCUGUUGAUGAUUCCGUGUCUACACUCUCUCUUUUAGGACAAAGCUCAUGAGCUCACCAUUCAAUCGAUUAAUAUGCAUAUCUCUCUGACAUGUAUCAACCUCUGGGCGUACACCGCCUCAUAUACCGUACUCGCAUUGCCAGCUACGUCAAAGCUGGUCUCAUCGAUUAUGCAGUCAAGGUGUUCGACGAAAUGACUUUGUCAGAAUGUCGUGUUUUUGGCAUCGAUUAUAACCGAUUCAUUGGCGUUUUGAUUCGCCACUCUCGCUUCGAUUUAGCCCAUCACUACUAUUCUAAAAUGGCCCCUCUUGGGUUCUCCUUGUCUUCCUUUACUUACUCUCGUUUCAUUUCAGGUUUGUGCCAGACAAAAGAGUUUACCUUUAUUGAUAAUUUGUUAAAAGACAUGGAGAAACUUCAUUGCGUGCCUGAUAUUUGGGCUUUUAAUAUCUAUUUGAAUCUUUUGUUUCGCGAGAAUAGGGAAGAGUCAGCAUUGGAGGUGUUUGGGAGAAUGGUUGAGAGAGGGAGAGAGCCUGAUGUAGUGACAUUUACUAUUAUUAUUGAUGGUUUGUGUAAAAUGAAGAAAUUUGAUGCUGCCGUUCAGUUUUGGCUUAAUAUGUUAGAUAAAGGGAUUAGGCCGGAUAACAAGGCUUGUGUGGCGCUUGCUGUUGGCUUGUGCGACGGGGGGCAAGUGGAUUUAGCUUAUGAGCUUAUAAUUGGUGUAAUUAGUGGUGGUCUGUCAGAGGUUAGUACAUUGGUUUAUAAUGCAUUGAUUAGUGGGUUUUGUAGAGCAGGUAGGAUUGAUAAGGCGUUGGCUAUGGUGUCUUUUAUGAGUAGGACUGGGUGCAAGCCGGAUUUGGUUACAUACAACGUGUUGUUGAAUUAUUGUUGCAACGAGUUUAUGUUUGAGGAGGCGGUGAAGUUGUUGAAGAAGAUGGAGUGUAGUGCGAUAGAACCUGAUGUAUAUAGCUAUAAUCAACUUCUCAAGGCACAUUGUAAAGCUAAUCACCCGGAUAAAGCUUAUCUGUUUAUGGUGACGAAGAUGGUGCCAAAAGGUUUUUGUGAUGUCGUUUCGUACAAUACUAUUAUCAAAGCAUUUUGCAGUAUUAGUAAUAACAGAAGGGCCUAUAAGCUGUUUGAGGAAAUGGGACGAAAGGGGAUUGCCCCAGAUGUGGUAACGUUCACAAUACUUAUAAAAGCUUUUCUUAGAGAAGGUAAUUCUGAUAUGGCAAAGAAGCUUCUUGAUCUGAUGGCAGGAAUGGGCCUUUUGCCUGAUCGUAUAUUUUAUACGACAAUCAUUGAUCACCACUGCAAGAGUGGGAAAGUUGAGAUGGCUCACAGCAUUUUUUGUGAUAUGGUAGAAAAAGGUAUCACUCCUGAUGUGGUUUCAUAUAAUGCCCUUAUAAAUGGAUUUUGUAAAUCUUUGAGAGUAGGUGAAGUUAUGCAUCUAUAUGAGCAAAUGCUGCAAAGAGGAUCGUUUCCUGAUGAAGUGACUUAUAAGUUGAUCAUUGGAGCUCUUGUACGGGAAAAUAAGCUUUCAGAUGCUUGUAGGGUGUGGGAUCAGAUGAUGGAGAGGGGCCUCACUCUUGACAGGGGUAUAUCUGAAAUGCUGAUCAAUGCCAUCCAGUCAUGAGAAGUAUCAUUGAAACGAGAAACGUCAAUUGCAAGCCCAAGUUUUGGAGUAUUUUGUGGUUGGAGUACAUCUUAGCAUGCCUAAAUUGCUACUACUUCAUUGACACUUCAUCGGCUUCUUUCACGAAUUGCAAUAAUGAGACACUCAGUGCAUGGUGGGGUUGGUGCUUCGAAGUCAGAUGCUUCAAAAAAAUAUGGGGCUUAUCCUCUGUAAUUAGGCUGCUUCAACGGUGUCAGACAUCCAGGAUCGCUAAUGAUGGAUUUCAAGCUUUAAAAUUCAGAUGCAGAUGUAUGGCUUCUCAAAUCCUAAAUGUAUCAAAGGAGAUGAGCUAAUUAAAGGGAAAGGUUUCCUCAUGUUGUCUGAAUAUCUGUUAGCUGCCCUUUUUGCCGAUCUCAAAAUUUUAAUAAAACACAUCUUAUUCUGAGGAGAACUCGGCUGAAAUUGUGACUCCAAUUGACAGGCCUCCUACAAAGAUGACAUACAGAUGAAGAACUGAUUGCUUAUUAAGUGAGCCUUCUCUUACGGAGCUCAGAUUUGUUUUUCAAACAUGAGCUGGUAAUUUAAAGUAAAAAAUAGAGCUCUGUAGUGUACCGAGAUUUAUAAAUUUCACUGCCAGUUUUCUUCCUUACUAUAGGACUGGGAGCAGCUAGUUUCUUUGGCACUAAAUAUUUCCUCGAUACAAGGCCAUCUCCACUUCGCUGGCCAUUAUGCAGUAGAAACAAUUUAUUAUCGUUGUUCCAGUGGGAAGAGAAAUGCGAAAGUGGAAAUUCCUCUCUUGUAUUUUGAUUCACUGGUGACCAAACUGUUCUGGUGUAGGAAGCAGAAGAUGGUUAUGCACGUUCAGAAUCGCUGUUACAAGUUGCCAAUUCUGAGACAAUUUCUUACUUGAUUUACAGAUAGAAGUCAACUCCCGUCUUUAUUUUUCUAUCCCUAUUAUUUAUUAUUUGACAUGGGCGUGGUUUGCUUCCUCCAGAAGUUUAUAUGCACGUAAUUAGAAAGAGAAAAAUAAAAAGCACUGGUCUGUACUUCGCCAAGAUCAACAAAAUCAGCUACCACAUGGCCCACUGGUGAGUCAGACACGGACUAAAGGCCAAAGUUCCAAGACGAAGGGUGCAUCGGUGGUCCAAGCAAAGCAUGAAGGUCAAUUCCACUGUACGUGGAUCACACCACAACAACAAACGGACCUACAUCCCGAAUCUCCGUUUCCACAGCAUGAUGGAAAAUUCCGGAGUCCAUGGGUGCUGCCACCACAGCCCCAAGGUCAUCCCAGGCAGAUAGUCCAAAGCAUGACGGGGAACCCCAUGUACCACCAAUGCAUCAAGAUCGAGACCGUGGUCUUAGGUGACAUAUCAACGGCAUCAAGAACGUCAUCCCCGGCAGCCCCACAGUCCAAAGAGUCCCACAAGCACCGUUUUCUGGGAUGCCAAGACCUGUUCGAACCAAACCCAUAACAUGGUUAGGCAAACAUUGUUCGAUUUUGCACAUUGUUAAGAGCAUCAGAAUUGAAGUGAUUGUUACCUGGUCUCGUUUUCUACUUCUUUUUCCAGGUUCUAAUUUUCAUGGAUUUCAGGAUUUGCAAUCGCUUAUAGUCUUGUUCCAUUUUA